UGAUUAGUGUCACCUAAAAAUGACACAAGUCCUCGUUCGUAACGGGAUUCAAGCUGUUGGAGAUGGCCUGACUAGCCUAAUCAUUGUUGGAAAGAAGAGUGUCUUGAAAAAUGUGACUUUCGAAGGAAAAUUCAAAGAAGUCGCACAAAAGUUUGUUACAGAUGGCGACUCAUGGAACUCUAUGAUUUCUCGAAUCCCCGCCUCAGGACGUCAUCCUCUUCACUACGAGCUGGCUCAUUUGAUCACUGUCCCAGAUGCCUCUUCACGUGGAAAUACCCCCACUAAUGCUCAUUCGAUAUAUAAGGAGUUAAAACCAAUCAACUAUCCUGAGGAUACAAAGAAUGUUCAUUUUGUGCUGUUUGCUGAAUAUCCAGAUGUUCUUUCUCACGUUGCGGCUAUUGCUCGGACCUUCUGCAAGUUCUCGAUGAAAACUUCAGGAAUUCGUGAACUGAAUGUGAAUAUCGAUGUGGUUUGCGACAAGCUCACCAACGAGGAUGCAGUUUUCCUUACUGAUCUCUCAGAAUCGGUCCGUGAAACCGCAAGACUCAUCGAUACUCCAGCCAAUAUCCUGACUACUGAUGCUCUUGUUGAUGAAGCAGUCAAAGUUGGAAAUGCGACUGGAUCAAAAAUAACAGUGAUCCGUGGGGAAGAACUGUUGAAGGCUGGAUUUGGCGGAAUCUAUCACGUCGGAAAAGCUGGUCCAACACCACCUGCGUUUGUUGUCUUGUCCCAUGAGGUUCCUGGAUCGACGGAGCACAUUGCACUUGUCGGAAAAGGAGUUGUAUACGACACUGGAGGCUUGCAAAUUAAGACCAAGACUGGAAUGCCAAAUAUGAAAAGAGAUAUGGGAGGUGCCGCUGGAAUGCUUGAAGCUUACUCUGCUCUUGUCAAACACGGUUUUUCACAAACUCUCCAUGCUUGUCUCUGUAUUGUUGAGAAUAAUGUCAGCCCAAUUGCAAACAAGCCUGAUGAUAUUAUCAAAAUGUUGAGUGGAAAGACCGUCGAAAUCAACAAUACUGACGCAGAAGGUCGUUUGAUUCUUGCUGACGGAGUUUUCUAUGCAAAAGAGACUCUCAAAGCAACAACUAUAUUCGAUAUGGCUACUCUGACCGGUGCACAAGCGUGGCUUUCAGGACGUCUUCACGGAGCUGCUAUGACAAAUGAUGAACAGUUGGAGAACGAAAUCAUCAAAGCUGGAAAGGCUUCAGGAGACUUGGUUGCCCCAAUGCUUUUUGCCCCGGAUCUUUUCUUUGGUGACUUGAAAUCUUCUAUUGCUGACAUGAAAAAUUCGAAUCUCGGAAAAAUGGAUGGACCACCAUCUGCAGUCGCUGGCCUCUUUAUUGGUGCUCACAUUGGUUUUGGCGAAGGACUACGUUGGCUUCAUCUUGAUAUCGCUGCUCCCGCUGAAGUUGGAGAUCGUGGUACAGGAUAUGGUCCAGCUCUUUUCUCGACUCUUCUUGGAAAGUACACUUCAGUGCCUAUGCUCAAACAGUAAUUGUCCCGUAUUCAAUGAUUUCAAUAUACGUCAUGUUUAUUUCUGUGUAUUAUGUCUGGGUUUUUACUUAUUUUAUUUUUAAACUGCAUAUAAAUGGUGAGGUAAAUACAUAUCGAAACCUUCAAAAUCA